AUGGGUAGAUACGCCAGAAUCAAGUUGCAGACCAAUGUCGCCAUCACCUGGCUCAUCGAGACUGCUUUCGAGCACGGCAGCAAUGUGCAAGUCGGUGGCGAUACCAACUCCGGAGCUUCAGCCGCGGCAACGCCCACGACCACUUCGAUCAAGACAGGCCGGUUGAAGGGAAAAGCGCGCAAAGAAGCAAAGAAGAAGGAGCAACUGCAAAGUCAAGCACCCGCACCUAAGAUCAAGGCCUCGAAAACAAUCUACAAAGUGUCAACUGAGGAGAUACUUCGCCAAGCCCGCUAUCUGGAGAACCUUGACCAGGAACUCGUCAUGUCUAAGCCUGCAUGGGACGCCUUCAAAGAAGCUGUGCGAGGCCGUACAGAGUACGCCACCAAAUUCGCUAACGAACAUCCGGACCAUGAAGGUAACGCCGGUCACGUAUACUUUCUCGAUACACUUCGACAGGUAGUCGACAUGAUCGGAAAGGUUGUUCGAGUCCAAGAAACCUCUUUGGAUAAUUCGGCAAAACGACAAGACACGGGUCUGACCUUUCGUAAUCUGUUUGACGUCCUCCGGGACGUUGAGCUGACCGAUGGUGUACAAAGAACAGCCAACCUAACUACACCUCCCGACGAAGGUCUAGCUUACGGAGCGGCUGCAGCUGUACCAUCAGCUCGUUAUGAGCCGGCCAUCGACUCCGAUGAGGAAACACGGUUGCGUUGGCUCUGUUUCAAGGACGACGCUGAUUCAAUUACAUCAUGGGUAAUCAACCUAUGGAAGCAGUACUUUGACCAGUCUGAGGAAGAUGUAAGCUUAGAGACUACAUCUCUCCUAUCAGAUCUAGCGCUCGAUCUGUUGUAUAAGAUCGAAGACGACAUGGAGCAUAACAACGACAAAGUAAACGAAGCCAUGUUCAAGGAGCUAGCCUCACUCUACAAUUGGAGUUCGACCGCCCUUGCCCUCUACGAUUUCCGCGUCGCUGCAUAUGAAGGUAGAGGAUACCCGGCUGUAGUAAAGCUGGUACACAAGAGACAACCGCAAUUAGGACUCGAUCCGUACAAGGAUUUUAUCCUAUUUGACGCUAAAUUUGUACGCUAUCUUACAGAGCUACAGCUGGAGAUGACACUACGUUUUGAUGGGUGGGAGCAAAAUGGACCACCGCCCAACACCAAACGUUGCCUCAGUAACGCAAGUCUCGACCUCGUAUCCCGCACACUCGCUGUUCCAAGUCGUAGAAACCAGGAAGCCAUUGCCGCAAGCCUUCUAGAAGGGAUAUGGGGUCUACACAGUCCGAACGUGCAUGAGCCUUUCCACCGCGUCGCCCGGCUUGCGAACGUCAUAUCGGACCAGUCCGACCACUGUCGUUCCGAUGGUAUAUCGUUUCCGGAACGUUCCCAAGACAAGAUACAUGAGUUUAACACCUUGCUCUCGUGGACCAUUGAGUGGCCUGGCCAUAUCCAGCGAUAUAUGAUUUUUCGAGCGAUCGACUCCAAUCACCCUGCCGCAGCCCUAUCUGGAUUCCAUCGCAACAUCUGGAAGUAUCUCGAUCUCAGUGUUGCCAGGAAAGAACAACUUAUCAAGUCAUGCGUAUCAAUUCCCGACCUCGCAGGGACGACCGAGGCGCGUCUACAAUUUGGCGAGGAACAUAUUAUACCAUCGGAAGAUCAAAACUUCCUGCGCAAAAACAAUCCCCUUACACCGGCAAAGCUAGCUCUCAACUUGCAGUUCCUACGGGCUGAGAUUGGUUUCGAUUUCGCGAACGAUGAUCGCAGCUUGUUCUUCAUGUGCCAUUUGUAUAACGCACUUCGGCAACUAGGCUAUCUUGAAGUUCCGUGGAAAACGCUCGACUCACUGAUCGACAUGCACAUCAAGACCAUAUUCCUUGGUGCACUUCCUACGGAAAGCGCAAAGCAAAUGAGCAACCGCGUUCUCAUCGCGCUCGGAUGCGCGCCAGAACUUGUUCGAGCUCGCAACACUGGGAAAGGUCGGGAGGCAACUAUCAAGAAUCUGGCGGUAUUGCGAGAGAAGAGGUCUGGCGCCCUGUGCUUCCCACCCAGCAUGGCUAUCGUUGCAGAUCAUCUGCAUGAUCGUGAGCCUCUACGCCGCACAUUGACGCGUCUCGAUGCUGAGAUGGUCGCGAAACACUCUAGAGAGAGUAAAAACUCCCGCAUCAAAUCGUUCCUCGACGAAGAGAACCCUACCACCUUUCUCGAGCGUCUUCGCAACCAUGUCUCAGACUUCCCACAGUACCUUACGCUCGACUGUGUUGAGCUGACACGCAUUUGUGGCGGUCUUCUUAGGAGAUUUAGGUCAGAUGAGAUGAAGGUACUCAUGAAGCACGCAGAAUUGGACGCAGCACACCAGCAAUAUGUCGCGUUGCUAAUCAUUCAAGAGCUCGACAUGGAAGAGUAUAUGACACGACCAGGUACGCCUGUACGGAAAGUCGCGCACGCGAUAGAAGCCGCGGCUAUACUGAAGGAGUACAUUGAAGGUGGCGAGGAUGCUCGAGCAGCAGUUAAAGACUACGUGCAGCGCAGGUAG